AUGCCACCCAAACCCAAACAAGAUCCCCCUUCAUCCACAGGAGCCCAGGUCGAACAAUCCGGUCCUCUCAAGCUCCUCCGCCCCUUCAUCCUUCUAUCAUGGUCAGGCUACUACAUUAUCCCCACCAUAAUCAACCUCCUCCUGACCUUCAACCUCACCCCCUUCUCCUCCCCAUCCAAAUUCAAAGACGAAUGGUUCGCCCGCUUCUGGGUCUUCUUCGGCCCCAAAUCCCGCGACGUCGCCGGCCCCAAAGUCGUGCCUCUGAUCCACAACAACGCCACGGGCGUCUGUCUCGACAUCGGUCCUGGCACGGGACAAUGGCUGGAUCUCUUCGCGCGCGCGGCAAAUCCGGAUAUCACGAAGAUUUACGGGGUGGAGCCGAAUAAGGGCAUGCACAGCGACUUGCGGACCAAUGCGGUGAGAGCGGGAUUGGGGGAUGUUUAUGAGGUGAUUGGGUGCGGCGCGGAGGCAUUGAGAACGAAAGGCGGGUUGCAGGAGAAUAGUAUCGAUACGAUUAUCACGGUGCAGUGUCUGUGUUCGAUUCCGACGCCGGAGGUUAUUAUCAAGGAGCUAUAUCCGUUGUUGAAGCCUGGUGGGAGGUGGUUGGUGUAUGAGCAUGUUCGGACCAAGUAUUCGGGGGAUUUUGUUUAUUAUUGGCAGAGUGAGUACCACCCAUCCCCCAAACUUUCUCGUGACGCGAGGAACUGACGAUCUGGGUUUUCCAGAGCUCAUCAACUUAGUCUGGCCACAUUUCUUCAACGGAUGCGAUAUCUGUCGUCCGACGGACGAGUGGUUGCUUCGGAGCGGUGAGUGGGAAGAAGUCAAUUUGAGACCCGGGCAGGGAGAAGGGCCGUAUGAUACUUUGCCGCACGUGAUUGGGACUUUGACGAAGAAGAGGUUCGAGCCGUUGCAGUAG